GUUCGCGCAGUCAAGAUGGCGGCGGCCGCGGCCACUCCAACUUCCCUGGAGUCGGCUCCGCGGAUAAUGCGGCUAGUGGCCGAAUGCAGUCGGUCCAGGGCCCGAGCAGGCGAACUGCGGCUACCGCACGGAACGGUGUCCACUCCAGUGUUCAUGCCAGUGGGCACGCAGGCCACCAUGAAGGGUAUCACAGCCGAGCAGCUGGACGACCUGGGCUGCCGCAUCUGUUUGGGCAACACCUACCAUCUGGGUCUGAGGCCGGGCCCUGAGCUGAUCCAGAAAGCCCACGGUCUCCACGGCUUCAUGAACUGGCCCCACAAUCUGCUGACGGACAGCGGCGGCUUCCAGAUGGUGUCCCUGGUGGCCCUGUCCGAGGUGACGGAGGAGGGCGUCCGCUUCCGCUCCCCCUAUGACGGCGAUGAGACCCUUCUGAGCCCGGAGAGGUCCGUGGAGAUCCAGAACGCGCUGGGCUCAGACAUCAUGAUGCAGCUGGAUGAUGUGGUCAGCAGCACUGUGACGGGCCCUCGUGUGGAGGAGGCCAUGCACAGAUCAAUCCGCUGGCUGGACCGGUGCAUUGCUGCCCACCGGCAAACCGAUAAGCAGAACCUGUUUGCCAUCAUCCAGGGCGGGCUGGACACGGACCUCCGGACCACUUGCCUAGAAGAGAUGACCAAGAGGGAUGUGCCAGGCUUUGCCAUCGGGGGUCUGAGUGGGGGUGAAAGCAAGGCCCAGUUCUGGAAGAUGGUGGCGCUGAGCACCUCUAAGCUGCCUAAGGACAAGCCCCGAUACCUGAUGGGGGUCGGCUAUGCCACCGAUCUGGUGGUCUGCGUGGCUCUUGGAUGCGACAUGUUCGACUGCGUGUACCCCACACGGACAGCGCGCUUCGGCUCCGCCCUGGUACCCACCGGGAACCUGCAGCUGAAGAAGAAGCAGUACGCGAAAGACUUUGGCCCCAUAGACCCUGAGUGCACCUGCCCCACCUGCCGGAAGCACAGCCGCGCCUUCCUGCACGCGCUGCUGCACAGCGACAACACAGCGGCCCUGCACCACCUCACCAUCCACAACAUCGCCUACCAGCUGCAGCUGAUGAGUGCGGUGCGGGCGAGCAUCGUGGAGCAGCGCUUCCCCGACUUCGUGCGGAACUUCAUGCGCACCAUGUACGGGGACCACACUUUCUGUCCCACCUGGGCCACCGAAGCCCUGGCCUCUGUGGGAAUCACAUUGAGCUGAUCAGAGGUUGGGGACUGGGAGAG